AUGGAUGAUAGGCUUCCGGUAGAAGGCGAAGGAUAUUUCCUAAAUAUAAAAUGCCACGAGAGACCUAUAACAGAAGUUAAAUUCAAUCAUGAUGGAGAUCUAAUAUUUACAGCAGGGAAGGACUCUAUAGCUACACUUCUUCGUGAUGAUGGCUCUGUGAUCGGGGAAUAUAAAGGGCAUCGAGGAUCUAUCUUCUCUCUUGCCAUAGAUAACAAAAGUGAUGCCUUGAUGACAGGAAGUGCAGACCAAUCCGUUAUUCUGUGGGAUGUUCCUACUGGAAAAAUGAGAGCACAAAUCGAUAUUGGAGCUGUAGUUAAAGGCUUAGACUUUUAUCGGGAUGGGACACUGUGUUUAGCAUGCAGCGAUGAAACAAUGGGAAAGACGCCUUUGAUUGGAAUACUUGAUACCAGAAGUGGAAACUUCAAGAAAGUAUUCAUGCCUACUUCAUCCCCCGUGAAGAUAUUACUAGAUAUCUCAGAGAACUUCUUAGUCUAUUGUGAUUCAAAGGGAGGGAUCAUCUCUGUAGACCUUAGAAACUCACAGGUUAUAAAGAGUGUAAAUGCCCACACUUCCAAGAUAAACAAUAUUAGGCCAAGCAGAUGUAGAACAUUCUUCAUUACAGGUUCUACGGAUUCCCAGUCGAAAAUCAUUGAUUUUCUUGAUCUCUCUGUCCAGAAGACAUUUGUAUGCGAAGAGCCUGUGAAUUGUGCAUCUAUAUUCAAUACAAAUGACAAGGUUAUUUGUGUUGGAGGAAUCAAUGCAAGAGAUGUAACCACAACCAAGGGAAAGUCCUCUUUUGAUGCAAACUUCUUCGAUGUGGUGACAUGCGAAAAGAUCGGAUCAUAUAGCACACACUUCGGAACAAUAAACUCCGUAGAUGUCCAUCCCUCCGGAAGGCUUUACUGUUCUGGGGGUGAGGAGGGGACUGUCAGUAUCCUAGCAUUUGGACAGGAUUUCUUCAAAGCCAACUUUACUACCUUCAAUUAA